AUGUCCUCUGUCUUACUUAUUACCAAGGUGGCUUCCCGCGUUUUGGACUCGCAAGGUGGCACCCUGUCUUCUGCCAUUCAACGUCUUCCUGAUUCUCUUCAAACCUAUCUUGACACGACCGUUCAACAUCUUCAAUCUGCCUAUUCGCAAAUACCUGAACCCGCUCAAGCUUACAUCGAACAAGCUGCAAAAUAUACACAUAUUGAUCAGGUUCCCCCUACAGCAUUAGCGGGUAGCGCCUUUGUUAUACUUGCGGCUGCUGUGAGUAUGAGUCGUUGGGGAAAUAGUUGGUUCAGUGGUGGUGCCAGUCGUUUGAGUCCUUUCUCGAGCCGAGGUAAUCCACCGCAAGUCCAAGAUGAGGAUUAUGAAUAUAUCACUGGUGAGGAUUUGGAGCAACCAAGAAGAAUCUACGAUCCACAUUUGAGACCACCUCAUUCUGCACAAGAGGAAGAUGAUGUGCUAUUGGUGAAGAACAAGGGGAUUACAUAUCCAGUAAAAUUCCCAGCUUACAGUAUUGGGGAUGGAAAGUUAGAAGUCAGUGAUGUAAGGAAAAGAGCUGCCGCCUUGAUGGAAGUUUCGAAUUGGAGGAAGUUGAAGUUGGUUUACAAGGGACAGCAAUUAAAGGAUGAUCAUGCACUUGUUCGAAGUUAUGGAAUAAGAAAUGAGUCGGAAGUUCUUUGCAUUGUCGGGGACGCAGCAACCGGAAGUGAAGAUUCAGGAGAUGAAAGCGAAGAAGUAGAAGGGACUGCCGCCAAGCUCAGGAAACGAAUUCGCAAAUCGAAGAAUAAGAAGGGAAAGAAGAAGAGCAAUAACAAUCUCCAAACACCACAAAUGGAAUCAUCUGCGACUUCCAGAACAGCUUCCCCAAUCCCUCCCCCAACACCCAAAACACCAAUCGAUAAAUUAAAUGCUAUUUCAGAUACCUUCCACAACGAUAUCUUACCGUUAGCAGAAGCAUUCAUUGCGAGUCCACCGGAAGAUCAGAAGAAGAAGGAUUUCGAACAUAAGAAGUUGAGCGAGACUAUUAUGGGACAAGUACUAUUGAAGUUGGAUGCGGUUGAGACGGAAGGUGAUCAAACGGCGAGGGAAACUAGGAAAGCUCUUGUGAGAAAGGUUCAAGAUGUUCUUAAUGAACUUGAUUCAAUGGUUCCAGGUGCAGAAUAA